AUGAUGAGACAUCGGCGUGUGAGCCCUACAGGUGUGGAGAACCCGGUUCUAGAGAUGACUGAUGGACCGUUCUAUCCGAUUGCGCCCUCUCCUCUGAGUACCCAGGUGUCGCGGGCCUCAAGUGCGGUGCGCUCGGCAGCCCAGUGGGCCACAUACACCUGCAGCCGAUGGAAACGAGCGGCACAAAAGUGCAUCAGGAAGAAGCCAAUAGGAGAGGUGAUCAAUGAGAAGUACCGCGGCCUGGCGUGGGAUGAGGACAUGGUGGACGGCCUGGAGAGCACACUGCGCCUCAAUAAGAACCUGCUGGACCACUUCAGAGUACUGGCGGCCAGCAACGAGGACACAGACGAGGUGACUAGCAACACUGGACCUAGGAACACUAAGGUGGACCUACAUUACCUUGCGGGAGUUCUGACAGAUGGGGCUGACCCCAACUCAGCUGACAAAUACGGCCAGACAGUGCUGCAUGAGAUCUCGAGGGCGUGGAACGUGGAUGUGAUGCGGUUCUUCCUGGAGAGGGGGGGUGAUGUGCUGAGGGCCGAUGCCUUUGGAGUGACCCCCCUACACGUGGCCGCAGCUCUCGACUACGAGGAGAUGUUACUCUACCUGCUGGAGAAAAGAGCGGACAUCCACGCCCGCACACAUAGAGACCAGCAGACCCCCCUGCAUUUCGCCGCUAAGAACGAUGCAGUGGGCGCGCUCAGAAUCCUGCUGAGGCACGGAGCUGACAUGACCGCCAGAGACUAUAAGCAGAGGACACCGCUGCAGCUUGCAGCCAACCUAGACCGCAGUGAGGCGGCGCGUGCAUUGAUAGAGCUGGGGGCGGAUGCGGGGGUGCAGGACUGUGACGGACAGCUCUGCAUCACCGCCAUGAUUGGCAAGAUGACCCCCGUGGCCCAUCUGGCCCUGAACCAGUUCCAUGUGACGGACAGGAUGACCCGGCAGCAGUUCUACUACCUCCACCUGCUGGAGCCAGAGCCACACUGCAAGAAGAAAACACGCUCACCUGGAACAGUCUGCAGUGAGCCAACGUCACCGCUGGAGUUUAUUGUGAGGCAGGGGAAGCUGGAUCUCGUAAUGCACCCGGUGGUCCUGAAGCUCAUCACGGUCAAGUGGGACCUUUACGGCAGGCUGGGAGCUUGGAUACUGCUGGUGCUGAACUUCCUCUUCAUCCUGGCCUGGACCACCGUGGCCAUCUCUGUGUCUGUGGUCAGGGACAAGGGCAAACCAUACGUCUUCCCAGAGGACUGGUGGCGAGUGUUGGUGGUGGUGCUGGCUCUGCUGCUGACUGGCCAGGAGGUGUUCCGGGAGGUUCGAGAGGUGCAGGUGUCCCGCAGGAAACUCAGACGAUGGCAGAGCUGGAGCAUCAAACGCAUCAACGAGGACCUAGCCUGCACACACCCCAUGUGGCCCGAGGAGCGGCAUUACCUGGAGGAGCAGAUCAGGUUCAUCAGGAAUAUGAAGGGCAGCUACGCACAGGACCUCUGGAACAUCUUUGAUUGGCUGGUAUACGUGCUGCUGAUCGCGGUCCUGGGGCUGCACAUGGCCGACAUCUUCCUGGUGUCAGGGUCCUUGCGUGCCUACAGUCUCAGGGUCUUCGCCGUGGUCGUCAUCUUCCUCUGGCUGCGGCUGAUGAAACACGUCCGAGCCUUCAGGGUGAUGGGUCCCUUCAUCGUGAUGCUGGGGAAGAUUGUGGGAGACGUACUGCGCUUCCUCUUCCUGUACGCUGAGAUAUACAUCCCCUAUGCCUGCGCUUUCUGGAUCAUAUUCGGAGGCACGGCGGCGGUGCCCAGCAUGCAGACGGUGCCCAAGCUGCUGUACAGCCUGUACCGCAUCACGCUGGUGGACGAGUACGAGUUCGACGCCAUGGUGGCCGUGGACUCCAUCAUGGCACACCUGCUGUGUGGCACCUUCCUAGCCCUGUCUGCAGUGCUGUGUGUCAACCUGAUGAUAGCCCUGCUCUCAGACACCUUCCAGAGGGUGUACGAUAACGCGUUAGCCAACGCUGUGAUGCAGCAGGCAGCCAUCAUCCUACAGGUGGAGGAGUCCAUGCCAAGGCUGCGUCGUUUCUAUGACAACCACUACAUCCACGAGCACUGUGCGCCCCUUGGGGAGUACUAUGACGAUGACGUCACCACCGACCGCUACCAGUACGCCGAGAUGAAGAAGAUUACUUCACAAAUAAAGGACACUCUGGAUGAGUUUCUGGAGAUCCAGAGAGAAGCUGACCUUAAAGAUCCCCACGACGACAAUGAUGAUGACAUGGGUUCAGGGCAGAGGCGGCCGUCUUCGGCUGAGAAAGGGGGCAGCCUGAAGAGUCUCCAUGUGAUCCAGCGGCAGCAGAGCCUGGAGAUGAGUGCCCUCCGCGCAGACGUCAGGGAGCUACAGGCACUCCUGCACCAGCUCAUACGCUCCCAGACAGCCUAUAGGGACCCUGGAAGAAGGCUAUAUUCAAGUCACAGUGAAGAAGCAGAGGUGGACGUUGAGAACAGACGGGAAGAAUCUCAGACAGGACUGCAGCGGACGCCACAAGGUGCAACGAGUGGUGCUGACAGCAGUCCUGGACCUGUGUAUAAGGAGCAGGCCCUCUAAAACAUCUAUUUCUCUCUCUCUGACACACACACACACACACACACACACACACACACACACACACACACACACACACACACACACACACACACACACACACACACACACACACAAUAAGCUGUGUAAAUUAUGCUGUGUUUUGUUCAGUGCAAUGUUUUAUCUGUGUUAAACUCUGAAUGAUGUGUCACUGUUUACUUAAUAA